GCAGGACACAACGGAGCCGCUCCGAGCUCGCGAGAAAAGCCGUGGGUGCUUCACGGGAUUAAAGGGUGUCAGGUUCUCAGAGUGAAGGAACUGUGGAAGUGAACACCGAGACACAUUCUGUGUUACUUCUCAUGCUUUGACUGUGUUUUAUAUUUGGGUUUGAAGUGAUGCAACUUUACGCACAACAUCAGUUCUCCCUGCUGCGUUUUUCUUAUCUUCUGUUCUGGGAGAAGUAGGAACUAAAAGAAAGAAAGAAAGAAAGAAAGAAAGAAAGAAAUCCCUGCCAGGGCACGUCUCCUCUGUGACAGCCCCGCCCACCAUCGUCCUGUGGUUCUGCACCUGCCUCACCACCUCUGCCACUCCAGGAGCUGCUCUACCUGCACUGCAGCGUUUCCUGAACUCCUCUCCUGCGCUGCGGCUCCAUCCGCUCAGCCUCCUCCGGACAAACAUGAACCUUCCAGCCGAGGAGGAGAUCUGCUGAGGUUUGCUGAGUGUUUCAUGUCAGAGAGAGGGGAGAGACAAAUCCACGCGUGUCCUUGCAACACGGGGACAUGUGCUAAGUAACGGAGGAGGGGGACGUAAACAUGCAGUGAAGUGACGCUGGCAGCCAGGUAGCAGAGUACGCACAGAGCGCUCCCUCCCUCUGGACCUCCGCACUGAACUUUACCCGCUGCGCUUUGACGCGAUGGCUGCUGCUGGAGCCGCCGCCGCCGCUGCUCCUUCUCUGGGGGAAGUUGGAGGCGUCCUGCACGGCAUCGACGGUGUGGCGCACGUAGGGUCCCAUUUCUUCCUGACCCCGCUCGGGGAGAGUCCCACGCUGCUGGGGGAGCACCUCAUACCUGGGGACAGGCUCUCCAGGAGCACCACGGCGGAUUUAACGCACCUCAAAGGGAUUCUGAGGAGGAGACAGCUGUACUGCAGGACUGGAUUUCACCUGGAAAUACUUCCAGAUGGCACCGUGCAGGGGACGAGGAAGGACCACAGCCGAUUUGGUAUUUUGGAAUUCAUAAGCCUUGCUGUUGGAUUGAUCAGCAUCAGAGGGGUGGACAGCGGACUCUAUCUGGGCAUGAAUGACAAAGGAGAGCUGUAUGGCUCUGAAAAGCUCACAGCUGAGUGUGUCUUCAGGGAGCAGUUUGAGGAGAACUGGUACAACACAUACUCAUCCAACCUCUACAAACACGGGGACAAAGGGACACGUUACUUUGUGGCAUUGAAUAAAGACGGGACACCCAGGGACGGGACUAAAUCCAGGCGACACCAAAAGUUCACACACUUUCUGCCCAGGCCCGUGGACCCCGACCGGGUGCCGGAGCUGUACAGGGACGUCCUGGGACACAGCUGAGACCUGGAAGGGCCUGGUCCAGAUCAGAUCAGGAAUAGCUGCUUACUAAAAGCCCUGGCAGGGGGAGCAGAGCAGGAGGCAGGCGGGGAUGCAGGCUGGUGGACGGCAGCAGCAGAAGCAGCCCGACCAGCAGGAUAAAGGCACCGGGGGGCCUCCUGUAGGAAUGCACGGGGCCGUCUCUCAGCAGCCAGGACGACGGGCUAGAAUGUCUGCAUGAGGAGGUUGUUUGUUCCAGAGCUGCGUGGAAUAGGAGACAAACGUGGAGCAUCUCCUCUGCGGGACGUCUGAGGGAAUCUGUAAUGUCACAAGAUUUGUCUGGAUGUCAGGGAGCCGUGGUUUGUUUAGAAGGACUUUGAAGGAAUUCAUUUUUUUAUAUUCUUACCUGUGUCUAAACCUGUUAAAAAAAGAGCAGCGUGUAAAAAAAAACAACAACAAAUUAUUUAUUCAUUUUAGAUACAUAUAUUUAUGUUAUAUAUUUAUUUAUUUGAGAAUAUAUUUUUACAGUUAGAACCACUAGAAACUGUAUCGAUUAUAUAAAGACUGAGACGCUG